AUGCCAUCCACCAGCUUCCUCGUCGCAUCAGCUGUGGCCCUCGCGGCCCUCACAGGCCUAGCCAAUGCCCAAACCAAUAUCACAGACAGUGCCUGUGCCUCCUCAUCCGAAUAUAAAAAGUGCAACUCGGACGUCUCGAGCAAAUGGAGUUCGUGCAUUCGCGAUUGCGGCGGGAAUGGCAAUUGUAUCGUUGAUUGCGGAUGUACUUCUCAUCAGAAGUAUAUCAAUUGUAUGGCUGAGACGUGCUGGAACCAGGUCUACUCUUGCGAAUACCAACUCUUCGUCCAACAAUACUUCGCAAUCUGCCCCAGCGCCUCUGAGCCAAUCCCAUUCUGGCCAGCCCCGGCCAACGCACCGAACCGCUGUUCCUGCGAUCUGGGCAAAGUCCUGCAAACGACGCUCUCUUCGCGUAACGAGCAGACACAGUGCAUGCGAAACGUCACCGACCGCCUUUCAUCCGAUGUAACCGAUCUAUCAAACCUGAGCAAUGGACUUGACAUCGCAGGCCGGGCAUCGGACUGUGCUUGUUGCGGUGCAAGCGCUAGUAUCUCUGCAGCAUACGAAAUCUGCCCACACACCAAACCAACCCUAGCAGGCGCAGACCUCUGGCCAAUCUUCUUCCCCAACGACUCCGAAAAUGAAAACCUAUACAACUCCCUCCCGAACUGGAACUGGGCCUGGUCUUCAUCGAGCUGCUCUCGCAUGAACACAGACUCCUGCAGGGAUCUCGGGUUCAGUGAUACAGACAAGUUCUACCGGCCUGGCGAUUUCCCGGAUAACGGCACCUCGACGCUGAGGAAUGUUGGCGGGACUAUUACUGCCCCGCCCAGUGGAACGGUUCUUACUUGGAGUCAGUCGAGUACUACUUACACGGUCUCGGCUACCGGGUAUGAUAGCAAGGCUGUUGCUAGUCAGAGUGAGUAUCGGGCUACGGCGACGGAGACGGGGGAUUCUUUCGCGACGCAGACUGCUGAUAAUGCGGCUGGGGGGUUGAAGCCAUUGGGGGGGAUGGGGGUUGUCGUUGUUUUGGGGUUGGUUUGGGAGUUGUAA